AUGCACUUACCUGAACGUUCUGGCCUAAUUAGAGCACGUCUGGCCGGUUCUGCUAUGGCAAAGGGAGAUAUAUUGCUCUUUUUGGAUGCCCAUGUUGAAGUGAGUAUUGGCUGGCUAGAACCUUUAAUUAUUAGAGUAGCGGAGGAUCGUACUCGGGUUGUUGCACCAAUAAUUGAUGUAAUUUCUGAUGAUACUUUUGAAUAUGUUACAGCUUCUGAUACAACUUGGGGAGGAUUUAAUUGGCAUUUAAACUUUAGAUGGUAUCCUGUACCUGAAAGAGAAAUGAAACGCCGAAAUUGGGACAGAUCUUUGCCGAUUCAAACGCCGACAAUUGCUGGCGGUCUCUUUGCCAUUGAUAAAAAAUAUUUUUAUGAGAUUGGCUCUUAUGACAAAGGAAUGCAUGUUUGGGGUGGAGAGAAUUUGGAAAUUUCAUUUCGAGUUUGGAUGUGUGGAGGAUCUUUGGAAAUUCAUCCAUGUUCCCGAGUUGGCCACGUAUUUCGAAAACAAACUCCUUACACUUUCCCUGGCGGAACUGCAACAAUUAUACAUCACAAUGCUAGAAGAACAGCUGAAGUGUGGAUGGACGAUUACAAACAAUUCUUUUAUGCAACAGUUACAGCGGCUCGCCAUGUUGACGUUGGGGAUGUUACUGAACGGCAAAGAUUGCGUGAACGUCUGAAAUGCAAAUCUUUUAAAUGGUAUUUAGAAAAUAUUUAUCCAGAAUCACCUUUGCCUGCAAAUUAUUUGUCUAUUGGAGAGAUAAAAAAUCCUAGUACUAAAUUAUGUAUUGAUACAAUGGGAAAAAGUGGAGGACAACCGCCUGGUGUGACUGGAUGUCAUGGACAGGGAGGGAAUCAAGCUUGGAGUUUGACUGGAGAUGGUGAAAUUCGAACUGAUGAAACUUGUUUAGCUGGUAAAGAUGAUAAUUCACUUAAUAUGGAAAAAUGUUCUACAAACCAUCCGAAUGCAAAACAACAAUUUAGCUACAUUCCAAUCGUAAAUUUUUUAAAAAUAUAAUUUUAUUCUAAUUGAUUCUAAGGGCGUAUCCAGGGGGCUCAAUGUUAGUCCACCGAAACCGACCCACUGGAUAUACCUUUGAUUGAUUCUUGCCAGCCAAUUAAUAACUAUAAAGAUUUGGAAGAGUAUACUCUUAGCUAAAGCUCCCCAAUAGAA